UGCGGUACACUUCUGGUCCUACCCUAGCAACUCAAUCAAUUCGGCACUCUUUGGUUUUUUUCCACCCAACUCCACACUGCUCCCAUGAUUGGAGACGAUGAUUCGCUUUUCUUUAUGGUGGGCUCAAGCAAGAAAGGAAGUCUGUGGUUUUGAGAUUCUCUGAAGAAAAUAUGUCUUGGGGAAGAUCUCCAUAUUCACUUGAUGAUGAUAGAAAUAUGGGUUCUCGUUUUCCUUCUUGUAAAUCCAGUUUGCACUUGAAGGGUAAGUUUCCAAACGACAAAAAUGUAUCUCGCAAAAGGCCGAAUGAUAGUAAUGCUGGAAAAAAUAAACUUGUUCCAAAGAAAAGAGCUUCUGGUUUAGGCGACGAAGUGAACUCUUUGUCUGGUAUGCAUUCCUGGGAUGCUUUGCUGCAGAAGAGAGGCACUGUCCAAGAAGCAAAGCAUGCCGAUGAUGGCAAAGGUAUGCCAACACAGAAGAAAGGUUUUUCUCCGGGCGAGUGUUUGAAUUCUCAUUCAAGCUGGCCUUCUUGGAACUCCUGUCUGCAAAUGGACAGAAGUGCUGAUGAAGCCACAAAUUCCGCAUCAGAUGCCUGCCAAAAUUCUCGUUCUGCUGUGCAGUCUUGGAACUCCUGGCUGCAAAACAGAUGGGGUGCAGAACAUUCUAAAGAUUCAUCUCAGAAAAGGGUUUCCAGAUCAGGCGAUCGCGGUGGAUCACAUUACAAUAAGCCUCCAUUGAAAUCCAGACUGGGAAAGAGAAUUGAUUGUGAAGAAGAUAAAGCAUUAGGUGAUGGAGGUUACAAAUCUAGCAACAGGACUUCUAUAUGGGUUUCUCCAGGAUCACAAGUGAAAACUUCUGAUAGAGUGACCAAGGAUGUUUCUUGGAAAAGAUCAAACAAUUCUUCUGAUCGCUUGCAAGUUCCUUCCAAUAGGCUUGCUUGGGAAUCUGAGUUACGAAUAAGAAAUAAUGCUGAAGGAUUAAAAAGCACUUUUGAAAAAACCACAUCUAAAGUUAUUAAGAGUCUAAAAAAGAAUGACUCGACUAGAGACAGAACUCACAGGAGGGAAGAAAGCUCAGCAGAUAAUGCAAGACCUGACAGAAGCAGAAGUAAUCUGAAAAACUCUUGCUCCGGAUCGGAAGACAUGUCUGAUACCAAAGCAUGUACUCCAAAAUCCCUUCAAGAGAGGAGUAACAGUCGCGAUGAAGCUAAUGAUGGACUAUUGCAAGGAGGCAAUUCAAUUCCUGCUGCUGAAUCUCCUUCUGAAUUGCCUUCUCAAAAUUCUGAUGUACAAAAAAUAAAUGAUAAUAAAGAAAGACUGUCUCUUGGGAUGGCUUCUUUGGAACCCAGAACCACAGUAGAAACCAAUGGUUCCUCAGAUGGACCUCUAGAACUGACUAAAUCUGGUUGGGCUGCACCUGAAUGGAAAUGCACCGAGCAAACACAGAGCAACCCAAUAAAAAGAAAUGACACUUCUGCUGAGAGAGCCAUCAGUUUAAUUGAAUCUGCAGGGUUUCCUUCUACUAGGGCUUCUGUAGAAGUGGAAAUGGUGCACAAAGGGGAUGACCAAGCAAACAAAAGAUCUGAUGAGAAAAUACCCAACAUAAUUGAGAGUGCUGAGUUGGGUUCUAGUUGGCAUUCUGAUGAACACAACAUUCAAAGAAGAAGCAAUAUUGGAGAUUCUAAUGUUAGUCACACCACCACACUGCAAUCUAUUUUGCAUUCUCCAAACAUGCAAAGAAGCGUUUCUGAAGAACCAAAGGUUGUGGCUGAUGAAUUGCAUCUUCAAGAAGAAGGCAAUGCGGGAGAACCAAAUGCUAGAGCUGAUGAUAUGAAACUCAAUGAAAUUAAAGAUGCUGUAUUUCCACCAGUAGGGUCCUGUGUGAAACCAACUCUGCGAAGUAGCAUAUCUGUUGAAGAUGUCAAUGUUUUAGCAAGGGAAGAAGCACCCAAUUCUGUUCAUGAUAAAGACACUAGAGACACACAUGGAGAAAAGAUAUUUACCUCAUUUGAUGGCUCCAAAUUUCCUCAUAGCAAACCAGUUUUGGAGUUGGGGGUUGAGGGGGAUAUAGAGGAACAUGUUAUAGUUAGGGUUGAAGGAAGGUUUAGUGUUCACAUCUAUAAAUCAAGCAAUCAAGAUCUAGAUAUGGUUGGUGGGCUAGAGACAAUGGUUGCUGAUUCUGCUUGCACUAAACAUCCAAAUUCACAUACUACCACCAAUUCUACCACUGUCUUGCCUAAACAUUCGGUGUCUCGCGAGAUGCAGAAAAAUAAUCUCAACAUGUUCCAUGGCAGUAUUGUGUGUCCUCAAAAUUGUCCCACAAAGAAAUGUAUCUGGAAGGGGAACUUUGAGAUUACUGAUAUUGCUUCAGUUGUCAGAGUCUUUGAAGGGUUCUCUGCUCAUCCAUCAAUUAAAGUUUGUCGUAGAGCUUACAACUUCUCAAAGAAGAUGCCUUCAACGCUGGAAUUCCUCGUGCAUCCUCGAACUAAAUACUGGCCCACGAUUUUUGAGGAUUGUCCCGAUACAAACGAUAUUGCUUUGUACUUUUACCCGAAGAACAAGCAGGCCACACAUGGUUACACUUCACUGUUAAAGUUCAUUGACAGCAAGGAUUUGAUGCUGAGGAGUCAGAUGAGUGGUGAUGUUGAGCUCCUUCUUUUCCCCUCCAGAGUGUUAGAUGUGAAAUGCCAGACAAUAAAAAACAGUUACUUUCUCUGGGGAGUCUUUUGCACUAAAAGAAAAUGAAGGAUUGGAUGAAUAUAUGCUAUAUCCAUAAUUAGAGGAGACACAAUUUCUACGUUGAUUUUAGUAUCAAACAUUUAAAGCUAUGAAGAUGACCAGUCAGAAUGAACACAACUGAUUAUUGUAUUGGACGGGUAAUAGAAUUUAUACUCCGUA